GCUGAAUGAAAAGUAUGUGGAGAAUAGUUUCCAUGGAUUCCACGCGAGUUUGCCUCUCAUUUCACUGACAACUGAAAAGAAGAUAUUGUAUUGUUUAAAGUAAUACGGAUUACAGAAUCGCUGACUCAUGGAUUCCACCGCAGAUAACGGAUUUCCCAUCCGGGACCAGGGUGUCACCCGGCAGAUCAGCGCAGACGUCGAUAUGAAUGCUGAAAGUCACCGCCAUGAAGCUAUGUACAUUGGGUUACGGCUUCCACACCGUCCACGGCGGCCUAGGCGGGGGUCGUCGUCACACAAGAGGGAGAAACCCACACAGGAAGCAAUAUCAGCAGCAGCGUCGUUGACGCCGAGCGAGCAGAUCCAUAUGUUGCUGAGUCAGACUGAGGACGACGACAGCCACGAGACACACGACGUUUUCUGCCAGAUGGACUACCUCUUUAAGAUCGACACCGACAUGCAGUGGAGGGAGAUGGCCAGGUGGGUGAAAUAUGAGGAGGAUGUAGAGCAGGGGGGUGAGAGGUGGUCCAAGCCUCACGUAGCCUCGCUCUCACUCCACUCCUUGUUUGAACUGCGCGGGAGUCUUGUUUCCGGUUGCAUCAUCUUGGAAAUGGAUGCCUACAACAUGACGCAAAUAGCAGACUUGCUGCUGGACAACUUGAUAAACAAUAAACAGAUGGAGGAGAGUCUGCGAGACACUGUCAAACAGGCGAUCCUCGCCGGUCACGUGUUCCAGCACUCGAGCAAGCGACGGCGCAUGUCCACGCCCGACCACGCAGACUUGAAGCGCGUCUCCAUGAAGAGGACAUUCUCAGAGUUCGGCCAAAAGUUUUCCAUUCGAAACAGAGACCCUAGUUCGAAUCAGCUGAAACGAAACGGAAGUAUGAUGCGAGCGAACCAGAGUCAACCCAAUUUCGAGGGGGUAAUGAAUGGAGACCUCCCCCAAUCCGCCUCGUCAGCCAGACUGAAUCAGCAGUUCAUGCGAAAGAUCCCAGACGGAGCGGAAGCCGCUAACGUGAUGGUAGGGGAACUGAAGGGUCUCACGUACCAGAUCGUCGCCUUCAUUCGACUCACGCAGGCCAGGGCGAUAGGCGAUCUCACUGAGGUUCCCAUUCCAACCCGAUUCCUCUUCCUGCUUUUCGGCCCCGAGGGAAGUCAGCAGAAGAUAACAGAGAUUGGCAGAUCCAUGUCCACCAUCAUGGUGGAUGAGGUGUUUAGGGAAGUAGCUUAUAAGGCGAGGAACAAGCAGGAUAUCUUGGCCGGCGUCGACGAGUUCCUCGACCAGGUCACAGCACUGCCCCCUGGCGAGUGGGACCCUAAGAUCAGAAUAGAACCGCCCCAGGCUGUACCCUCACAAACACAAAGAAAAGUACCGAAGCCUGUUGGCCCGCCGAUUGAGGAGGAAGAGGAGGAAAGCCACUGUGACCCCACGUUACAGAGGACAGGCAGAUUGUUCGGGGGUCUAUAUCAAGACAUCAAAAGGAAGAUCCCCUUCUACCUGAGCGACUUCAAGGACUGUCUGCACAUCCAGUGUGUGGCCUCUAUCAUCUACUUAUACCUGGCCACACUCACACCCAACGUCACGUUCGGGGGUCUGCUAGGGCAGGCUACAGACCAGUACAUGGGUACCAUGGAGUGUAUCCUCACAGCGUCAAUCGUUGGCGUGCUGUUUGCUCUGUUCGCUGGACAACCUCUCAACAUCCUCGGCAGCACGGGCCCCAUGCUUGUGUUGGAGAUGAUACUCUACCAUUUCUGCAACCUGUUCGACGACGAGGCAUUGCUUAAUAUUGUCUAUAUUCCAAUGGCUGUGUUGUAUGGAGUCUUUCUCUACAUGGGCGUGUCUGCACUCAAAGGCAUGCAGUUCAUCGACAGGAUCCUGUUGCUGUUCAUGCCAGCCAAGUACCAGCCCGACCACAUCUACCUGCGUCACGUGCCCAUCAAGCGAUGUCACCUGUUUACCUUCAUCCAGAUCAUGUGUCUUGUCGUGCUGUGGGUAGUGAAGGCAAUCAAGUCAAUGUCCAUCAUAUUCCCCAUCAUGGUGUUGGGAAUGUGCUUCGUGAGGAAGGCUAUGGAUUACCUGUUCACUCAGAACGAGCUCAAGUGGCUGGACGACAUUAUGCCCGAGGACAAGUCCAAACGGAAAGAAGACGAAAAGAAAGAAGCAGAGGAUGAUGCCGAGAAGGAGAGUCUGCUGGACGACGAGAACUACCACAAGAUGAUGGAGUACAAGAUUCAGGACGACAUGCUGGCGGGCAAGUUCGGCAUGGACUACACGCGGCGGGGAUCCGUCGACCCGGACCGCGUGAACAUCACGGAGGAGAUGGCCAAGACAGCCAUCUGGAAAAACGUCGCCUACGAGAGUCGGUGUGAAAACGAAUACAUCAAAGCAAACAAGAGACGAAAAGAGCACAAAGAUGGAAAAGAACACAAACCCUCUUUCUACAUCCAAGACGACGAAAGAGAACCUCAUCAAAACGGACACGGUGGUAGUGAGGACCAAAUCAGCAAAGUCUGAAAGUCAGCAGUCUGAAAGUCAGCACAGUCUGAAAGUCACUAUAGUCUGAAAACUUGGCCCAAAAAACCUGUAGCAAAAACGUUUGAGCAUCAACAGUGUUUGAAGAAUAUUAAAGCAUAAAAAUCAGGACCAGUAUAAAAAAAAAGCAACAUUCUUAAAACAAACACUUUUAAUGCUGCAAUCUCGACUCACCAUAUUAUUAAAUCAUUUUCUAAUACAACAGACAAACACAACCACAGUUUGAUCAUCAUUCCAUUUUUAAUAUUAAUAUUCUGUCUGUGGGAUGGAGCAUAUAAAAGAUCCCUUGUACAAAUAGGAAAAUUUAGCAGGUUUCAUUUCUAAGACUAUUUUUCAAAAUUACCAAAUGUUUGACACCCAAUAGUCGAUUAUUAAUAAAUCAAUGUGCUUUAGUGGUGUCGUUAAACAAAACAAACUUUAAAUAUUAAUAAACGUGCGUUAUCACUACCAAUGUUCAUUAUCCUCAUCUUCUUACAAGUGUUUCUUCAGCUAUUUUAAUACAUCAUAACACAAAGAAAGUAGAAUAGGUCCUGGCUUCUGGUGGUCAAACUGGAUAGUAAUAUGUAAUGCAACAGCCAAACGUUUUUUAAAGAGACAUUCCUGAGUUUGCUGCAUUGUAAGAUGUUUCCGACUAAUAAAAUAUUUCCACAAAUAAACUUACAUAUUAAAUAUAUUUUCUUCUUUAGAAUACCA